CAUCCUCAACCACCACAUCAAACACACAGACCAAGCUCAAGCUACAACUGCACACACCCUUCUCUUUCUCUUUCUCUGUUCUUCUCAUUGUAUGGCCGCCAAUUCGAGUAGCCGAGGGAUCACCGCCUUGGGGAAGCGCGUCGCCAACAGGAUCUGGACCACCAAAUCCCCCUCACCUCCUCCCACUUCCAGCAGAAAGGCAGGUGGAGGAGCAGCAUACAGCAGCAGUUCGGUGUACGACAAAAACCCUGAUGAUCAGAUCCAGUCUGGACCUGUUCCAGACGAUGUGAUCCACGCCACUCAGUCCGGCAAGUACUGGGCCCCACACCCACAGACUGGUGUAUUUGGGCCUCCCGGCGACCACCUUGCUUCUCCUCCGACCUCCUCCACUGGCGGUGGAGAAAGCUCCUUUCAUUCUGAUGUGCUGGAGGAGAAGGCCUGGUUCCGCCCCACGAGUCUGGAGGAUUUGGAGAAGCCUCACACCCUUCCUUGAUUACCAACUGCAUUAUAUUAUUAAUAUUACAGAAUAAAUAAAAGACAGACAGACAACACUUGUCACUAGCACUGAACAAGUGAAAGUUGUGUGGGUGAGUGAGUGAGCCUGGUGUCUGGUUCAUUACUCCAUUUAGCUUGCUUUUGUAAAUUUACCUAUAGUACCUUUUAUCUACCAUGAUCAUGUAUGUUUCUUUCUACUUUCAAUAUCACACUUAUGCCUAUGCUUUUACUCAUAAA